AUGGGAAAAUCGGAGCAGCGUUUUGAAAUGGAAAAGAGUAGUCCUUAUGAUACUGAUUCAGGUGAAAAGGAAAAAGUAUUAUUGACUGCAGAAAAUUCUUCAGACAGUACAAAAUUAAGGAAAAAUUGUUAUAUAAAAAACAGUAUAAAUGUAUUAAAUUCAGGUAGUAAGUGUAAUAAAAAGAGAAAAAUUGAAGCAAAAGGGGAGGAAACAAAAGUUAAGAGAGGGAGCAAAAAUACGGAAAACGAUGAAAAUGAUGAAAACGAUGAAAACGAUGAAAAUGAUGAAAACGAUGAAAACGAUGAAAAUGAUGAAACCGUUGGGUACUAUGUGAAUCUGAAUAAUAAUGACAGAAAUAAACAGGAAGAAAAAAAUGGGGAAAUUAUAAAAAACAAAGAAACAACAGAAACAUCAGAAAAAACAGAGAAAACGGAAAAAACAAAUACCGAACUUGAUAAAGUGGAUCCCAUCCCAGACGAAUAUAGCACCAAUUUAAUCAUAAACAAAGGAAAAGAAACAGAUGAUGAUACAAAAAAUGGGAAGAAUACUACUACAGAAGUAAAAGAGGUACAGAACAAAUUUGAAAUAGGGCAAAGCACCAAAAAAGACAUUAAUAAAAAUGAUGAAAAGAAGGCUGAUGAUGUUAUUAAAAUUGCUAUAUAUAAAGAAGUCCCUGGUGAGAAUGAUAUAAACAGUGAGGAGGAAAUUAAAGAAUUAGAAAAAAGCAGAUUUUGUGAAAAUGAAAAGUUAAACAACGAUAUUAAAGAGAAUAAAAAAAUAAAAGAGGGGAAUAAAAACAAAGGGGCUUAUGUACAAUCCGAGGUAAGUCAUAAGAAAAAGGAUAAUGUUAAAUAUUUUAUUGAUUAUAGGAAUUAUAGAAGUAAAAACAAUGUAACCUUUUCAACGAAAUAUAAAGAUAGUUGUAUAAACUUAAGUAAUGACAAACUCACAUGUUAUGGAGAUAAAGGAUGGUCAAGUGUUUUUGUGAAUAAUGGUGCAGAUAUUGGUAAAUGGUAUUAUGAAAUAAAAAUUGAAAAGCCUGUACAAAAUUUUAAUUUCUUAGGUUAUAAAGAUAAAAUAAUAAAAAUAAAUCCACAUAUAAGAGUAGGUUUUGCGUGUAGAUAUAUGAGGUAUGAUUAUCCCAUAGGAACAGAUAAAUAUAGCUAUUGUGUUAAUAGUAAAAAUGGGAGAAUAUUUAAUAGCUCCAUAAGUUAUGAUUGUAUGGAUCCAAUUAAAGUGGGUGAUAUAAUUGGGUGUUAUUUAAAUUUAAAAAAUAAAAAUAGUUACAAUUUUGAUCCAAGAUCAGAUAAAAAAUUAUAUGAAUAUUUGCAAAAUGGUAUUUUAUGCGAUCCAAAGCACCCACCUGCUUUAAAAAAGAAUUAUGGUUCGUCUAUAUUUUUUUCCUUAAAUGGACAAAUAAAAAAAAAUGCUUUUUUUGAUAUAUAUGAAGGGUUUUAUCAUCCCUCUGUUAGCUUAUAUAUGGGCGCAUGUGCGCGAAUUAAUUUAGGGCCACAUUUUACGUACAUUCAUUUAAAUGACUAUGUCCCGUGUAUAUUUAUGGAACCGCCAAUUAUUUUGUGA